UGAAGACUCUUUUUCCCCAUCCACGUCAGACACAGUCGAGGAUAGAGCGACCAUGUCAGGAAAGAACGGCGGCACCUCACCGCAAGCCAUUGGCUCGGAACCCCCACGUUCGACUUCUCCAUACGGUGGAGGCUCGCCGUCUCGCAGUUAUUCUACCGCGCGACUCGCAUCACCCGUACCCUUCGGCACUCCUCCCAUCAGACAGAUACCGACCCCGCGUCAGCUCGACGGCCAGGACGAUGACCAACCCCUGCCUGGAGCGUCAUAUCCAAGGGGCUCCAUCCCCGGGCCCGGCCCCUCAUCGCUAUCGCAAGCACUGAGGGGGGGAUUCGCUGGGAGCCCGCCUCGCUUUGCAUCACCCGCCCCGACAGGCUCAGCCUCUGUCUUUCCCGACGAUGCUUCAUACUCGCAGAGCCCGAAUAAGAAUGAAGACCUCGAGGUCCUGCGACGACACUUGGUCGGUCCUGCUCAACGCACCUCGCACCAAAACCUACAGGCUUCUUCCUCUUUCCAACGUCCCUCCAAUCUCCCCGAAGUUGGCAAAUCCGUCGAGAACGGGCCCGGCAUAGACGAUGAUCACUUUUCGAGCCUGCAGCUGCAAGGCGGAGACAUGACGAGACACAUCUACCGCUACACCGAAGAGCGCGAGCGUGAAGAAGUCGAACGUCAAGCCCGCGAGACUGGCCGUUUGAAGAGAAGUCUGAGUGUCAAUCUGCCUCGUUCCAACGAAGAGGAUCCAGAGCUCUCCAAUAUCAAGAUGCCAGGUGGUCUGCGCAGAGACUACAUUCGCCGCACUGCUGGCUCUCCUGCUCCCGAGGCACGUGUUGCAAGACCAAACUACGGCUCAACUCGCGCCCAAACAGAGCCCCCCGCUCGUCAGCAACCUCAAUUUUUGGCAAACAACUUCAUCGAGUUUCUCACUCUGUACGGUCACUUCGCUGGUGAAUCGCUCGAGGACGACGACGAGGCACUCGGUCCUGACGAAUACUUUACCUCCGAGGCUUACGAUGAUGACGACGACGAUCAAGAUGGUCGUGAGCGCGAGUGGGGUGAAGACAGCGCUCUGCUGACUCCUGGCAAGCGCAAGCGAAGAAGAAAGGAGCAGGCCGGUAAGGGCAGCCCUGGUGGUGCUGCUCUCCUUCUACUCAAGUCGUUCGUUGGAACAGGAGUUUUGUUCUUGCCUCGUGCCUAUCUCAAUGGUGGUAUGAUGUUCAGCAAUAUCGUCCUCCUGAGCAUUGCUCUUCUCAGUUUCUGGUGCUUCAUCCUGCUCGUCAAUGUCCGUCUCAAGGUCCAUGCCUCAUUUGGUGACAUGGGAGGAAAGAUUUACGGCAGAUGGUUCCGCAACCUCAUCAACUCAUCCCUUGUCAUCAGUCAGAUCGGUUUCUCCUCUGCUUACAUUGUUUUUGUCUCGGAAAACCUGCAAGCUUUCGUUUUGGCCGUCACAAAGUGCCGUACUUUCAUCGACAUCAAGUACAUGAUUUUGAUGCAGAUGGUCGUCUUCUUACCUCUCAGCUUGUACCGCAACAUCAACAACAUUCAGAAGCUUGCUCUGAUUGCGGAUCUGUUCAUCGUUCUGGGUCUUGUUUACCUCUACUACUACGACAUCUUGACCUUGGUUGAGAACCAUGGUAUUGCCGACAUCAUCCAGUUCAACAAGAAUGACUGGACACUCUUCAUCGGCACUGCCAUCUUCACUUUUGAGGGCAUUGGACUUAUCAUUCCUAUCCAAUCGGGUAUGAAAGAUCCUAAGAAGUUCCCUCGCGUCUUGGGAGUUGUCAUGGUCGCAGUCACUGUUAUCUUCAUCUCCAUGGGUGCUCUCUCAUAUGCUGCCUAUGGCAGUGCUACCAAGACUGUCAUCAUCCUCAACAUGCCUCAGGAUAACAAGCUUGUCAACAGUGUGCAAUUCAUCUACUCUUUGGCUAUCCUGCUCUCGACGCCUCUGCAGAUCUACCCUGCCAUUGAGAUUACUUCUCAGCAGUUGUUUAGCCGUACUGGCAAAUACAACCCCUGGAUCAAGUGGAAGAAGAAUGUCUUCAGAUUCUUCAUGGUCGCGCUGUGUGCCGUCAUCGCAUGGGCUGGUGCUGGACAAUUGGACAAGUUUGUCGCUCUUGUUGGAAGCUUCGCCUGUAUUCCUCUCGUCUUCGUCUAUCCUCCUCUCAUGCAUUAUCGGGCCGUCGCAACCCGCUCUUGGCAACGCGUGGCCGACAUCUUACUCGUUGUCUUCGGUCUCUUCAUCAUGGGAUACACAACUGCCCUCACAGUACUCAGCUGGGCCUCGGGUGGUCCCAAGGAGCCGGGCUACUGUGAUGAAAGAUAAGCUACAAGUACGAAUUUGUCGCCAUGUUUCCUUGUUUCUUCGGUACUGCUCACUAGAUAGAAUAUUCAUCGCUGAACUUUUCUGUGGGAGCGGUCUCGAUUCUUGUAAUGGUUUUUGAUCGAGAUGCGAUUUUGCAUUGUCUGAUGUUGAGAUUGAGCAUUUGUGGCAGGGAGAUUUUGAUACAUGAACUUUUCCUUCCUCGUUUACAUAGCGAUACUGAUAUACAGCCGACUCUACUGUCUUCUGCACGCAUG